UUAUGGAUGCCGCAAUGAAUGAGAGUGAGAGGAGAUACCUGGCGAAAAUUGACAUUAUUGACAGUGACCCUUAUUUAUUACCCCCGUCUUUGUUUUGUCCCUUAUUAUCCUCCCCACAACUGCCCAAUUUUACUUUCCACGACCUUUAUGUGUAGGCUACCUUGUUCACAAUCCCUCCCCUUACACUGGAGAAAGUUUGAAGGCGCAUAAAAGUACGGAUGCCUAUCAAUAUGCGGUGGCUGGAUGGGUCAAGGACGUCGGAAUAUGGUACGUGGAGACCAAGGACUUGUAUUUAAUCAUCGGACAUGUCCAUCAUUCCCAAGCCUUGAGUGUGAAACCAACAUGGCCAUGGAUAGUGGUGCAGGAGAAUGGGACUGUGGUGAUGGCACACUGCACGUGCAUGGCCGGACUGGGAGAGGUGUGCUCUCAUGCAGCAGCACUAAUGUACACACUAUUAGCUGCUGUUGAGCACAGAGAAGGACAGGCAUGUACAAGUGAACCAUGUUCAUGGGUAGAACCAAGCCAAUCGAAUAUAAAAUAUGAUGAAUUAGCAAACAUCUUUGUAAAGAAGAAGGCAGAAAAACAAGUCCAACCCAUCACACCAUCUUCCGAUGAACUGCAACAUUUUUUGGAGCUGCUAUAUGUGAGUGAAACCCAGGAAGCCAUCCCCAAGAAAAAUGCCAUCCUUUCCGUUAUUGAGGGCCAUUCCCCCAGAUAUAUGCCAAAGACUGCUAAGCUGGACAUGCCACCACUGCUCACCUGUCUGUACUCAAGCACCAGACUUCAAUUGGAUUUGCCCACACUGCUGGAGGAAGGUGCUAAAAUAUUUGAGGAGCUACAUCUCACACUGGAGCAGUGUAUGUUAGUUGAGGAGAAGACAAGGGAACAGAGGAAGUCAAGAUGGUGGUUUGAUCACAGAGCAGGACGAGUUACAGCAUCAGCUUUUUAUGAGGCAGCCAGCACAAAGAACUUUCCUUCUCUGAUUAAGAGAAUUUGCUAUCCACGGUCUUCUCACUUUUCCACAGAAGCAACCAGAUGGGGUCUGCAAAACGAAGACACUGCGAGGGAGUCAUACUGGAAGGCCAUGCAAGAUCUCCAUAUAGACUUCCACAUAACAGCAUCAGGAGGUCAACCCUGACCUACCGUGGAUUGGAGCAUCGCCAGAUGGUGUGGUGACAUGUAAGUGCCAUGGGAUGGGCGUGCUUGAAAUAAAAUGCCCGUUCACUGCUAAUGGCCGCACUCUUAAGGAAUGUGCCAGAGACCCACGCUUCUGCCUUACAGAGAUUGCAGAAGGUAUAAUGACCCUCAGGCGAGAUCACAGUUACAUGUUUCAAGUUCAGGCCCAAAUGCGUGUAGCCGAGGUCAUGUACGCUGAUUUCGUGGUGUGGACACCACAAGAACUGUUCACACAGCGAAUCUUGUUUGAUGAAAGUUUUUUUGAUCAGGCAUACUUGAGUGUGGAGGAAUUCAUCAGAACAGGCAUACUGCCUGAACUGUUAGGUAAAUGGUUCACAGUGCCACGCCUCUCCUCAACUGCUACUGCUGACCUGGCACCAGAGGGGUGCUAUUGUGGAAAGCCAAUUGAUGCAGACAUCCUCUCAUGCGUGGCUAAGACUUGCCAACGAAAACACUUCCAUAGGUCGUGUUUGAAGCUUACCAGGGUGCCAAAGCGUUGGAUGUGUGUGGAGUGUAAAAA